AUGCAAAAAAAUCCUUUAAUUGAAUUAUCAAAUAUGUUUAUAGAAUUACCAUUAUGUAAUGGACGUAUUGAUUAUAUUGAUGAAGGUUUAGAUGAAGCAUAUUGUUUUGAUACGGAAAUACAUGUAUGUAAAGAUAAUGAAUAUCGAUGUCACAAUGGUUUAUGUACAUCAGAAGAAUUUUGGGAAAAUGAUUUUGGUGAUGCUAAUUAUCUUGAUCGAUCUGAUGAAUUUGCUGAUGUUUUAUAUCCAAAUAAUUGUUAUCGAGAUCCAAUAUGUCGUUGUGAAGAACAUUUAUGUCGAACAAAUAGGUUUGAUUUUUCAUGUGGAGAUAGACAAUGUGUACAAACGUUUGAUAAAUGUCAUAAUCGACAUCAUGUUUUAUUAAUACAAUCAUUAUCAAAUCAAAGUUAUUUAUCAAAUAAUUGUUUAAUAGGAAUGAUGUAUCUUACUCAGCUAAUUAAAGCAAUUCAUGGAAUAUUAUCUGAAACAUUAUUUUCAAAUAAUUUAAUUAAUGAUUUUAUUAAGAAUUGUGAUUCUAUAUUUCAAUUUCCAAUAAAUUCAAUAUAUAUGAAUCAUAUUCAUCUUUUAUAUGGAUGGGUGUGGUCAAUAUUGCUCGAGACUGCUAUGGGAUAUAAAGGAGAUCAUGGAAGUACUGAAGACAUUAGACAUAAUGGUGAUAAUGAAAAUCUACAAGAUGAUAGAGAAAACAUACAUCAUUUUUACGUAAUAAUAGUACCUGAUGUAAUGCAGAUGUAG